UUCCCUGGUCGCUCCUUUCGCAUCCUAGUUGGUGUGGCUCACCUUGUGUCAUACAGUGACACACAGGGGUCUCCAGGGCAGUGAACAUUCCUGUGUUGAGUAGUGCACAUGCUGCAAGUUCUUUUGUAUAAUCGUGUGGUGAGUGUGUCGAGGAAAAUACACGCAUUGUGUGAAUCCUGGUGAAGAUAACCUUCCUUGUCACUCCACCGUCUGUUCACAAUGUUCACAACCGACUUUCCAUCCAUACACGGCUGCAAUCACUAGUGUUCAUUCUCUUCGUGCCAAACAGAUACUGGUUGAUAAUGAUAUCCAAACACUUAUUCAAGGAUCAUCUUGUGUCGGGAACUAGGUGAGCUUUGUAUGUAUUUGUGCUUAUUUUGAAUUUAUUUUUUGGCGGGGUGGGGUGUACGGAUUUGUGAGCCUGAGACAGGUUACAGGUUACAGGUUACAAGCUCUUUCAAAACAAGAUAAUGCUUUUCGUACACUGAUACACGGAUACACAGUUACUGCGCAUCAGGUGACACCAUUCCGUUUAUCAGCAACUUAUAGUUAUCUUGUCCAUUCGUAUAUAGCUGCUGAAAAACCCUCUCAGUAAGUUUGACAAAAGGGAAGUCAGGUGGACAACUAACAUGUCUACAUGGUGCUGCCAGACAGGACUUCUCAGUCAAGUGGUGUAACUAAGACGAAAGUUUUCACAGAAUUGACAGCAAACAUAUCACAAAGCAUGGUCCUGCUCCGGUACCAUGGCAACCCACGAGUCUGUAGGAGAAGAGUACCUGACCUGCUACAUUUGCUAUGAUGUGUUCACCGAGCCCAAGACUCUGGCCUGUCUGCAUCGCUUUUGCGAGAAAUGCUUACAGGGUUACCUAGUGGGAGGAGGAGCCAAAAAGAACGGAUUUCUGUGUCCUGUGUGUCGAGAGUUGAACCCUGCGCCCAACACACGCCGACCCCCUUCAGACUGGGCCUCGCUGCUCCGGACAGACUUCCACAUCAAGAGUCUCAUCAAGGCUCUACAGCCGGCACCAACCAUGACAAGGCGCCAGGGACAGAGGACAGAGAAUCCCUGCAGUCUCCAUGGCGACAAGGAGCUCGACCUGUACUGCUGCGACUGCAGCGUCAGCAUCUGUCAUCUGUGCGCCGGCAUCUCACACCGAGGCUGCUUGCAGGUCGUCACCCUCGCCGACGCUGCCUCUGAUCGAAGAGUGACCUUUGACCUGCAGAAGCGCGAGCUCCUCGCACGUCUGGGCCGCGUACAACGACUCAGAACCGACCUCGACAGCGCCAUCAGGGACCUGGAGCAGCAGCGAGCGCUCGCGGAGAGCGCCAUCAGAAAGGCGUCCCAAGAUGCCGUGACCGCCGUUCGGCGACGGGAGACUGAGUAUGUGGAGGAGUUGGCCCAGCGGUUCCAGACCAUAUAUGGCGGGGUCACCAAGCGCUUGCUGACAGCCGACCAGCAGAUCGCAGCGUGUAAACAGCGCCUGGAGCUCACCGAGUCGAGGCUGGCCGGAAGUUCCGAUGCAGAGGUCAUCCAGGGCCUGUCGUCUGUUCUGGACACAGACAUUCUCAACGUAGAUACGAAAAAGAUGAAGACCUUGUUGUCGAGUCUGAAGCAAGUUCACUUAGAGUUCGUUCCCUUCGUUCCCAAGCUGAACUUUGGAGAGGUGGUAGUAAGAGCUGACCCGGAAGUAAAACCUGACCAACAAACCGCAGUCAGGAAGAGAGUGCCUCCCCCUCUUCCACCCAAAAGACAGCGCUCUACGACCUUGCCCUCGGGUCAAGGUGUUGUUGUCCGAAUCAACACACCUGUGAAGGUCAGGACGAUCUCGGCGAAAUUUCGAGAAGACGCGUGUCCACCAAAGCUGCGCGAUAUUCUCGUCUUUGGUGCCGAGAACAUCCUGGUUGUCACGGACUGGGCAAACCAGUGUGUCAAGACUUUUCACAGCAGAAGGGAGCUGGACAGCCGCCUAGCUCUUGGUGGGAAACCUUGGUGUGUUACGCGCAUCUCCGACGCGCAGGUCGCUGUUAGUCUUCCGAUUUCCUGUCAGAUUUGCAUUGUCAAAGUGGUGCCUCGCUUGGCUCUGUUAUCAUCCUUUUUUGCGCAGAAACGUUAUUCUGGACUCGCUUCUCUCAGCUCAGAAACUCUGGUGGCCAGCGGGGCAGAAGAUGGUCAUCCAUGUGUAGACAUCAUUAACCUGGGAGGUGAGGUCCUCCAAUCCUUUUCUCACGAUGUCGCCAAGGGCACUCAACUCUUUUCUUACCCUGGUUACCUGUCGGUUCUGCCCGGAAAUCGCGAAUUCAUCGUUUCAGAUCGUCGCAAAGCAGCGGUUGUCUGCAUGGAUGUGUCUGGAAGAACCAAAUUUAUCUUCCAGCCUGCCGGCAGCAUGCGGUUACAGGAACCAGCCGGCGUUGCAAGCGACGGUCAUGGUCGAGUGUACGUGGCGGAGAACAGAGGCGUGGUCAGGCUUACUGCUCAGGGUCAGCUUGACCGAACCUUACUUCGCUUGAAGGAUGGGGUGGAAGACCCUAGAGGGAUUGAGAUCGGCAGCGAUGGAUUGUUGUACAUCACGAACGCCCAGGACACGAUUGUGGUAUACAGAACUCCCAUGUAAAAUUAUGCAGUGUACUUCGUUGCUCCAAGCAUAGGUAAAAGAAAAAUUGAUAAAUACACUGACGUAUGAAGCAGUCUGCACUUCUUGAAGAGAGAGGCCACGGAGACAGAAUGGUCAAAGCUUUAUCGUACACAUCAUUAAAAUGUACAGCACAGGGCAACAUUGUGUGGGGAGAGGGAGAGACAAAAAUUGUAUUUUUAAGGUUUUAAUUUGUUUACAAAGGGACCUCAGAAGAUGGUUAGGACGCUAGUUUAAUGCAAUCUUGAUAAUAAAUGGUUCUUUGUUCUUUUUUUUUUGAGGGGGGGGGACGGAAGUGUUUCAUUCAUAGUAAUGCUGUGGGCAAGACAUGAACAGACUUUAAGUUUUGAUCUUUAAUUAUCUCUUUUACUCAGUCUUUAAAAAAUAUGGGACGUGUAAAGUGGAAAAACUGGGUGAGAAUACAAAAUUCGUUUUAUUCCUCAUGCAAUCUACGGCAGAUGGAGCGAUGUCUUACAACUCAAGGGACGCGAAUCUAGACAGAGAAAGGUUCACGAUUAACGCAUUUACGUCCCUUGCUACACGGCUGUUUGGUAGGUUACCGAAUGGAGAGAAUUCACUGUUAGAAAUUCAAGAAGACUUUGCAAAAGUUAUUAAACUAAAUUUGCAGAGAUUGAAAUUGGUAAACAAAAAGCCCCGUUUUAUGCUUGAAAUAAAAAAUAUAUAUUUAAGUUCAAGAUGGUUACUUGUGAAAAAUAAACAAACAAAACUCACGGAGAUAAAAAUGAAAAAAUAUAAAAAGCGCAGCUGCAUAUUUAUGCUUAGAGUCUUCUAUUUUUCUAUGUGCCUAUUAGUCUUAAAUUGAGUUUUCAAAAGUAUUAAAUCAGUUAAUGGGAAGAAGAGCCGGAUUGAAAAAGCUUCCAUUAAAAAAUAAUUGUAUUUCUUCAAACCACUUUACACUUUGCUGAGAACAAGAACAUUGUCAUGACUGUGGA